AUGGCGUCGGAAUUCCCCUUUCCCCUGACGCCCUUCCCGGAGGAGGUGCAGGCGAAGAUAAAGGCAAAGUUCCUUGGGUUCAGAAACGGCUUGGUGGACGUAGGGGGUCGCCACGCCCUGCCCGCGCACUACGGCCUCUUCGCCAGCAAGUACUUCAACUACAAAAUGGAGUUAUCAGACAUAUUCUCACGAUUCCAGGAGGAUGACGUCCUUGUGAUGACCUUCCCGAGAAGUGGCACGACGUGGACGCAGGAGAUUGUGUGGACGAUGAGGAACCAGCUGGACGUGGACACCGCGGCGGCCGUCCCCCUCGAUGCCAGGGUCCCCUUUAUUGAAACACAGUCACAUCGUCAAGGCCUUCCGCCUCGGCCCAUGCCCGGCAGGGGCUCGUCACACCCCGUAUCACUCGAUUCAAUCAUCCCCCCUCACGCUAGCCCUCCGUCAGAAGUAGUAGAGCACUUCCGGAGACGUCACCCGGGGACGAAUCCGAAGGGCGGCGGCGUCUACCUCGACCUGGUGGACGCCCUCGGUUCCCCUCGCACGAUCAAGACCCACCUGCCCUUCUCCGUCCUCUCACCUGAUCUCGUUAACUGCUGUAAGGUGGUGUAUGUAGCCAGGAACCCCAAAGAUGUCGCCGUCUCUUUUUAUCAUCAACAGCGCCUCGUGAAGUCAGCUGAGUAUGUGGGAAGCUUUCAUGAAUACAUGGUGGAUUUCUGGUGCCAAGACCACCAUACACGAGGAGAUGAAAUCCUUUGCACAGUCCUGCGAGCGCCCUACUGGUCCCACCUGGCGGAGGGCUGGGCGAGGCGACACCACCCCAACGUCCUGUUCCUCUUCUAUGAGGACAUGAAGGAGGACUUCCUGCGGGAGCUCGGCCGCCUCAACUCCUUCCUGCAGACAGGGCUGACGGAGAGCCAGCUGCAGACAGUCGCUCGCCACGCCUCCUUCCCCGGCAUGAAGAGCAGAGGUGCCACCAACCCGACCGCCGCCCUGCAGGAGGCCGGGAAUUUCAAGAAGGGAGAGGCGGACUUCAUCAGGAAAGCUCAGUGUCAACACAGGGACAGCCUCACGUUUCAUUCCUCAGGCAUUACGGGGGACUGGACCAACUUCUUCACGCCGGACCUCGAGGAAAAGUUCCAAGAGUGGAUGGAGAAGUGGCAGCCCACGUCGAGGGAGAUCCCGUUCAAGUACCACAUCGAGAAAGAGAUGUGA